GUCCAGUUUCAAUUAUGAAGAUCAAGUCGAUGCAAGAAAACAUGCUAAUCCUGCUUGCUCGAUGAUGAAGGAGAGUUCAAGAAACGUUGGACUGUCUUGGAUAGCAGCGUUGUGUUGCGUCGGCCUGCUGGACGUCGUCACAGCUGGAUGGAGCAACGGCAACUCACAAGAAUUUCAGAAUCAGUUCCCAGGAACGAGCCAAUGGAUCGACGGGUACGGCACGCAAGGAAGUCCUGUAACGUUCUGCCCUUGGAAGUGCAUUCCGUAUGAGCAGAACUACGAUGUUCAUGAAGAUGGUUCAGGGAUCUACAACAAGGGAUGGACUUCCCAGGGUUGGACGCAACAGCAGUAUGCUCCGGUCUCAUCGCAAGAGUCACAAGCAGGGUAUGUUCAAGCUUCCUUGGGGUUUGUGCAGGCUGGGGUGUCUACGUUCUGCAAGAAACCAUAUUCUGUCUGCGCUUAUCCAGAAGGAGACGUCCACGUUAUCAAUGCAAUGCAAGAGCUGCUCAGAAAGACUACAAAGGAGCAAUGUCAUAUUGCCAUGAAGAUGUUUCUUUGCACUCUUUACAAGCGAAGGUGCUUGACUGCCACAGACACAGAUCAAAAGUCAUCGACCUAUGGGAACAAUGCAAUCUAUCCCGUGUGUUGGAGCCUUUGCAUGAAUGCAUACACGACUUGCGACUUCGGGGCAGACAGCGCGAAUCUGAUAUGUGGGCAGUACAUCAAAUCAGGAUGGGUGCAGUAUUCAUACGAGGAAUCUUUGAAAACUUGUGACAACUCAGCUUCCAAAGCGAAUCUGAAUAUUCUUGUGAUGUUGCUCUUCCUUCUUGUGGUUUUUCAAAUAACUUAGGAAGUUGUUUAAAAAUGAGCUCGAAGCUCAAGUCGUGCGAAAUGCAUCGAAACGAAACUGAGCAGAAGACUGAGCAAGUAGAGGAUUAAGAAUACAAAUGCGAUCAUGAGUCUGAUGUCUCUUUCAACACAUGUGAUGGCACCGCUGGACACGAGUUGUUUUACAAUGGCUUGACUGGCUGCGUCGAUAGGAAGCGACCCGCCACAUGCUAGCUCGGUGACCAGCGUGGCGAUACAGGUCGUGCUCCACAUGGUGUAGAUCUCCAUCACCGUCAGAAUGACUCCGACCAGGCAGAUGACAGCAGUGAUGACAUCUAAGAGGAUGGAAGAGACUAUGCCAUACUUCCAAUCAAAGCACAAAUGAUGCGCUGGAUUCUCAUGGACAAGAACAUUCUUGGAAACACAGAACGUGUUCCUACCUAGGAAGAACAAAGCAGCAGAUAUCGCAAGAAUACCCUGCAUGAGCUGGAAGUAGUAGAUUGAUUUGUCCAUGAUGUUGAAUGUCAUGGUACCAGCUUUUGUCGCCACAUCGAUAGGAAGAAACCGUUGAGAAAACAUGUCAAACACGAUCCAGCUGCAGAAGGAGAUGAGUCCAACGAAGAAGUGCAGGGUAUGGUAUUUCUCGAGCUGCUUGGACGACGCCAUCUUCAGUCUAUCUCUUCAUGCUUCAGCCGCUCUCAUCCUCCAGCGUCUCCUCCACCUCUCCGCCUUUCCCCCGCCAUGUCUGUUGGCGCCAACCGCUGCCAGGACCUAGCAUGG